AUCAACUCCUUGCUCAUUCGCUGACGGCUUGCCUGUAUCUCUGCCCUUGCUUAACACCACGACUGGAUCGUGCACCAGCUCCAACUUUGCCGCCCUUGCCUGACGAACGAUUACAAGACACUACAAGAUGUACCGGCCGGUUGCCUCGCUUGCCGCAUCUAUUCUGUGCUUCACAGGAUUUGUGGCCGCACAUGCAUCAAUGAUCAGCCCAUGCGUUCGGUACACGCCAUUCUGCGAUCACUGCCCGCCGGUUCCUGCCGGACAGUCACUCGACUACAACAUUAACGCACCGAUCGGCUCUCCAGACAGCUCGCAACCGCUAUGCAAGAACACAACCCCCUAUGACACGCCAGUUGCGACGUGGACUGCUGGCCAGCCCGUCACGGUCCAUUUCCGCCCUCACGCCGCGGUCCACUCUGGAGGUCACUGCGAGUUCUCUGUCUCGUACGAUAACGGCAAGACCUUUGCUGUUAUCCACCAGGAGCUGCGUUACUGCUUUGUCGGCUCAAAACCCACAGGCCAGGUCAACGAUGCAAGCGUCCUUAGCUAUACGUUCACCCUGCCCAGCAAUCUGCCAAGCUCUGAUCGUGUGGUGUUCUCAUGGAGCUGGGUCAACGCAUCGGGCAACCGCGAACUGUAUCACAACUGUGCCGACAUCGCGAUCAAGGGAGGCUCAUCAAACGCAUACACUGCAAAGCAAAUGACCAUCGCCAACUACCCCGGGUUCCCGACCAUUCCAGAGUUCAAUGGCAACUACGAGACUGGGCUGGAGCUUUACAACAAUGCGCCGAAUGUUACGGUUGGACCGGGCAUUAGUGGGGCGUAUGCUGUUUCGGCUUCUGCUGCUGCUGCCAACCCGAACCCGCCGGCCGGGUAUCAUGGAGUGCCUGUUGUGGCCAGCCCCCCUGCUGGGGCACCUAGUGCAAGACCUGCCCCUGCUGCUGUCCCUGUUGCUGCACCCGCCCCAAUCGCACCUGCUGCCAUGCCUACUACCCCCCCUGUCCCAUCUGUGCCAAGUGUGCUACACCCCGUAGCCCUUGUUGAUGGUGGACAUCAGACUGCAAGUUCUGUGGCACCGGUUGCCACUCCGCUCUAUAGCACAGCGCCGGUCGCAGUGCCUCUAUACACCUCAGUUCCUCCAACUCCUAUUAAGCGCUGUCAGCUGGUCUAGACGAAAAUAUAAAUUUUACUCCAUGGGCAAAUGCUCUUAUGUGAAGGCCAGCUCAGCUGCAGUGUGCAACGAGCAUUCGCUG